UUUUUUAGUGUUAGGUUCCUAUAAUAUAAAAAAUAUCAAUAUCACUAAAAAGCAUAAAAUUAAAAUAAAAAAAAAGACUUCUGCCGCGCCAGCCUGACUUCAAUAGUAUUUUUUUAAAAGUCGCUUUUGAGAUAAGCAUUAUUCACGACGUUUUUUAAAGUUUUAGAGAAAAUGAAAAAAGCCAUGAAAACCGUCUAUUAUCGCUUCUUGUUAAUUCUCUCUUUCUUUCCCUCUCUCUCUCAAAGUAAUAAUUAUUAUUUUUAAAAUUUAGUAUUAAUUUCUUAAAUAAAAAUCACUUACUUAGAGUUGUUUUUAUGUCCUCUUAACUUCCCAUGUUAAGGUUAAUAAAUCUGUGUUAUUUGUUGAAUCAUUUUAAAAGAGUUAGAUUAAUUUUAAAUCGUAUUAAGUAGCUUUAUUAUUAGGUUCUAUACUAAUGGGGCCCUAUGAUUUUAUCAACAGGGCGAGAAGAAGAAAGAAGCUGGCAAAAGCGCUCGAUAGGCAAGCGAGGAAGCUACGGGCUAAAGGCAUCGCCGUCGACCUGGAAGCUCUUAAGGCGGAAUACUUGGCACAGCACCGGAACACCGGCCUGUACUCCGAUUCAGAUGGCGACGGUGAGGAGUGCAUGAUCGACGUGGUAGGAGGGGAUUCGUGUCACGACUCCGGCCCAGAAGACUUCUCGUUGUCCGGACGCUUGAGGGCGCCCACCGCGGACGGCAUCAACAACUCGGACAGCUCCACAUCGGACGCGCACUCCGGCCGCAACUUCAGUCCGCUUCCAGAUCCGCAACCUUCGUUCUUCAAACAGUUCGGCAACCCCGCCACGCACUUCGACAAGUUCGACUUCGACCCGAGUCGAGCGGUGUCUUUAGAUCUAUCCGGUGGUGGCACGGCGACAGAACAAGACUUAACAAAAAACGGUGGCGCGAGAAAACAUAACCCUUUCAGUAUAGAAUCACUUCUUAAUACGUGAAAGUGACCGCAUAAGAGGCUAACGAAGAGUGAACUUACAGGCAUUUUGUGAACUGUUCCUUUGCUUUGAAGUUAAAGUGAAACGUUAAUUAUCAUUAGUUUUAAUAAAAGCUUCGUAAUAAAGACUUGAUAGGUACCAGUUAUUACAUAUCCAGUGUGAAUAUUAGAAGGUAGGUGACUUGUAUAUAUAUGAUACAGCUCGUAAUGUAUAUAGUCCUCGAUAUAUUUAUUUUCGGUUUUAUGUUAAUAUAUUAUUCAACUAAUUCGGGGCAAUAAAUUUUAAAAGAUAUGAUUGUUGAUAAUGUUUUAGUUUAUUUUUAAACUUUUAUAUUUUACGCCUGCGAGUCAAUGUUUGUGUUCUUUAAGUUAUAAAAAGAAAUCUUAAAAUAUUUUCAUGUAUUACAAAAUGGUUUCGUGUCUAUGCAUUGAUAUUGUGAAGAUGACAUAAGAAUUGUCAAUUUCUAUUUAAAUAAAACGAAUCAUGGCAUAAAUCUAACUCAUUGAGCCCAGCACUGUUGAAUUAGUUAUGUAACAAUUUAUAAACAAUAUUAUAUUACGUAUACAUAUUUUUGAAAAGUUAAAAAGCUGACUUAAUUAUUACACCGGACAUUGUUCUGCCCUUAUAAUAUUUCUUUAGAAUAAUUACCUACCAGGUUAGCGACCGCGUCAACGUCUAGCUAAGAAUCUGGCCAUAGCUAUAUGUUUUAAUAAUAUUCUUUUGUUUUGUAUUAUUUAUAUUGUUAUCACAGCAGGAGCAUCCACGCUUUGUAGUAAAUUAAGAGAUAAAGUAUGAGGAAAAUAUAUAUUUAAAAAUACGUACACACAAGGCACUUAAUGAAAAGUCAUAAAUUCAAAUUAAAACCUCAUUAAAAAUAUAUAUAAAACACUUUUUAAAUGAGGCUAGCGAAACACAAAAUUUUGGUAUAUUUCAGUUUUAUUUUUUUUGUUAGUUUUUUUAAAACUGAAAACUGUAACAAGCAAAAGCUUUGUUUAAAUACGUAAAUAAUAAAACAAAAAUAUUAUAAAAAUGUUUUUUUAAUAGCUAUGACUUUAAACCGAAAUCGCUAUCCGAACUUAAUAUCGCUCUGUCCUAAAAUAUGUACCUUAGACCUAUUAGGAAAUUAAAUUAAGUAAUAAAACAAAUAAAACCUUCUUCAAAAGGUAAUAAAUAUUUCAUUUCAUUAAAAUUCUUCAAAAGAAUUCAAAAUCUGCAUAGCUGACUCAAUUUCAACCCGGAAUCCUGACACCGUCGCGAACUGAUGUAUAGUUCCAUAAGCCAUUUAGCAUAUUACUACAAUAUAAUAAGUUUGCUCUUCUCUUUGUUUUGCUGGAUUGAAAAUAUAGUUUUAGUUCAAAU